CAGACCUGCAGAUUGAUCGUCGACGGUACAAUACGAAGUUAGCUCCUUGGCAGCAGCUGCUGUGCGGAUGGCUUCAGAAAGAUCUUCUGCCGGAGUCGCUUAUUAGAAGUUCUGGGUCCCAGUUUCUAUUGGACAGGAGAAAUGGCCUGGCUGUGCUCCGUAGUUAUAAGACCUGCGACGAUCACUAAUCGAUAACUUAUAAGGACGACAUGUCCCCGACCACAAUCAGCAUAAUCAACAUCCGCUUUUCUUAUUUUCCGUCAUCAAUCCAAAUCGCUUUCACGUCAUCACCAUGGCUCCUUCCAAGGCAGUCCUCGCCUUCAUUCCGGCCCUAGCCAUAACUGUGGCCGCCUGCACCGGUCCUCCGGCCAACAUCCCCACUCUUGACCUUCUCAAGGGUUUCGAAACAAUGCAGCCAGACCCCUACGAUGAUGGCUUCGGAAACCCGACGAUAGGCUACGGUCACCUCUGCACAAAUAAAGCCUGCUCUGACGUGCCUUUCUCAAAGCCCCUGUCGGAAGAUUCAGCGACCAGGCUGCUCCAGGGUGAUUUAACUAGCGCUCAAGACGCCGUCACAAACGCCCUCGCAGACCCGGUCACUCUCAACGACAACCAAUACGGCGCAUUGAUAUCAUGGACAUUCAACGUCGGCAAUGGGAACAUGAAGUCCUCUGAUUUGGUCCGGCUCAUGAAUGCCGGCGAGGAAAUUGUCGCGGUUGCGAAUAAUGAAUUGCCGUUGUGGAAUAAGGCUAAUGGGAAGGUGGUCAAUGGGCUUGUGCGCAGGAGAAAAGCUGAGGUGGAUUUGUUUAACACGCCUAGUAAUUUCGGUGCUUUGCCUGUUCCUUGUUAAAGCAUAAUGGUGUCUUACUGCUGGAAUGCUGUGGGAAAGUUAUAAAUGACGUCACUAUAUACCAAUAUAUAACCUCCGGAUGUCGUUCCAAG